AACUAAAACGUACACUUUGAAAUUUUGGUUUGACGGAAGCCAUUUUAUCGUAGUUUGGUGUUGAAAAGUACAAAUUUAUUUUUGUUUGUUGAUAUCCGUUGAUUGUGUUUCGUUUACAAGUGGAAUUGUCGUGUGGCAACCGUAACAAUGGUGAUUAUAUUAGUGUGUAUGUGCUAACGAGGUCGGUGAGUUUGGCAUUAAACUUCGUCGUGAUCGUUGCCUUCCCUUUGAAAACAUAAGCAGAACCUUUGGGUUCUGAUAGUUCGGUGCUAAAAGAGUAUUCGAGCAAAGCCACCGGGAGCCCUGGAGGUUUUAAAAGUUAAAACCAUGGGCAAUGCCGCAACGGCUAAUAAGAAGGGCGACCCAGUGGAGAGCGUCAAGGAAUUUUUGGACCAAGCGAAGGAAGACUUUGAGGAGAAAUGGAAGAAGAAUCCUACGAACACGGCUGCCUUGGAUGAUUUCGAACGAAUUAAGACUUUGGGAACUGGUUCUUUUGGACGGGUUAUGAUAGUGCAGCACAAACCAACAAAGGAGUAUUACGCCAUGAAGAUUUUGGAUAAACAAAAGGUGGUGAAGUUAAAGCAGGUAGAGCACACGUUGAAUGAAAAGAGAAUACUUCAAGCCAUCAGUUUCCCUUUCCUGGUGAGUCUAAAGUACCACUUCAAGGACAAUUCGAAUCUGUACAUGGUGCUGGAGUACGUGCCAGGCGGAGAGAUGUUCUCGCAUCUGCGCAAGGUGGGUCGCUUCAGCGAGCCGCACUCACGUUUUUACGCCGCCCAGAUAGUGCUGGCCUUCGAGUACCUGCACUACCUGGACCUCAUCUACCGAGACCUCAAGCCCGAGAACCUGCUCAUCGACUCGCAAGGGUACCUCAAGGUCACCGACUUUGGCUUUGCGAAGCGCGUGAAGGGGCGGACGUGGACCCUGUGUGGCACCCCCGAAUACCUGGCACCCGAGAUCAUCCUCAGCAAGGGGUACAACAAGGCUGUGGACUGGUGGGCGCUGGGUGUGCUGGUGUACGAGAUGGCGGCAGGCUACCCACCCUUCUUCGCUGACCAGCCCAUCCAGAUCUACGAGAAGAUUGUGUCUGGCAAGGUACGCUUCCCCUCGCACUUCGGCUCCGACCUCAAGGACCUGCUGCGCAACUUGCUGCAGGUGGACCUCACAAAACGCUACGGCAACCUCAAGAAUGGGGUCAACGACAUCAAGGGCCACAAGUGGUUUGCCUCCACCGACUGGAUCGCAGUGUUCCAGAAGAAGAUAGAGGCGCCCUUCAUCCCGCGCUGCAAGGGCCCUGGCGACACCAGCAACUUCGACGACUAUGAGGAGGAGGCGCUCCGGAUCUCGUCGACCGAGAAGUGCGCCAAGGAGUUUGCAGAGUUCUGAGCGCUCUCCACCGCCAUCUUGUCGCUUGUCUCAAACCCUCCUGUGUUUCAUGUCCGGUUGUUUGAGAGGUAUGAGUUGGUGUACGUUGACCCCAUCUUAGUACGCCCACGUUUCACGUGCCAGCAGAUGUGUCGUUAGAUCACGUUAGUCCGUUUGAUUUUAGAAUUGCGUGAGAGCAGCGCAGUUCACACAGGCAUAAACCAUAUCCUUCCAUGUUUUGUCACUUGAGCCAGUACCCAAGUUUAAUUGGGUAGAGCGGUGUAUCGUAGUUAUUGAACUCGAAUGAUCGGCCACGUUUGGUGGCAGUCAUUGACCCUGUUCGAAGCGUUGAGGACAGAGGCAAUGUGAUACUAUCGUCACGAGCCGCUCGCAACUCCAUGAUUCGGUAUGGGGAAAGCCUUUGCCGGGAGUCGAGCCCGAUGCACGAUUAAUCUGCUGGUGGCCCCUUCUUCCGAGACGACAGGCUAAUGGCAUGCAAUUUUUACGAGUAUUAAUGUAAUGUUUUAGUUACACUUAGUUUGUAGCACAGCCCUGUGCUUCGUAGGGCAGGCAUUAUGCAUGACACGUUUUGGCAGCGUCAUCUAUUAUAAAAUAGUUUUUAAUUGUGGAGAGAAUGAGAGUGAAUGCCCCCCUACUCGUGUGUGGUUCCGUCGAAAUGUAGCUGCUGAGAAUCUGCUCAAAUGGGUAGUUCCAUGUUUGUGUUAAGUUGAGCGUUGCAAGCUGCUUCUCUGUGCGAGGCUGGUGGAGUGCAUUGUGCUCACAGUCGACUGCCGUUGUGUAAUCUGGCAUCUGGAGUGUGUUGUGUAGUCGCUUCCUUUCGACUGUUGCAGAACUUUGAAUUCGUAAACAUACGGUGAAGGCUAUACUUCGUUUAGCAUUAAUCACAUUCUGUCAUUAUUAUCUUUUAAAUUGGAAUCAGCAUGAAAAGACAAGGAGGAAUAAUUUAAUUGUCUUGACUUCUUUGGAUAAUGGGUAACAUAUCUAAGUUGGGUAACAUAUCUUCAGGACAUUAAACCAUCAUGACUGAAUUUGAAUUUGCUACAACACUGGCUUUUACUAAUAUAAUUUUUCUGUAGUUGGCAAAAAUGUAAAACUGGUAAUGACUUGUGAAUAAACACCACAUCAGUGGUGGUUCAUAAUAAAUGUUAAAGGUUGUACGUGAUUGUAUUAUAUCUAUAGGGAGGGGGGGAGGGGAGAGAUUGAAGGUAGGUUGCGUGGUGGGAGAAAGGAAGCGUCUACAGUCCCGUGUGAGAUGCUGCUAUAUGCCUGGAUCGUAAAUGCUUGCUGUGACACUGAUUAUCGAUAGCUGCACCGUGUUUUUUUUUGGGGGUGAAGUAACACAGCUGAGGAUGAGACAGUUGCAGAUAUUGUUUGCCUUAGAACAUUUAGUUGCAGAUACACAGUUUAAUGCGUGCCAUGUUUCAUUGAUCAGCUUUCGUAGUUGAGGCCCUUGUGCCUUCAGGUUCGCCAUUUACCUGGUGUGACUUCUCCACUAUUUCUCAGUUUAAUUUACUUUGUUGGUACCUAUACCAGAAACCUGUUUAUCUUAAUUACUCAGUGUGGUUUAGAUGAAGAUUUUUUUUUAUAGAUACAUCAUUUCUAUUAAGUUAUUAAUUAUGUAAAAAAAAUUAUGGAAACAAGACGAUUUUUAACAGAAUCAGAAUAAACAAGUUUCUGGCGUACGUCGUCUGCUCUUAUCGCUAUGUUGCUUUUGAUGCAGCAGAGGCAGAUCUGGUUCAUGUGUGUGAGAGAGAGAGAGAGAGAGAGAGUGUGAGAGAGAGAGAGAGAGAACAGCCACGCUGCUUGAGUGGCCAGUGCGCUCUGCAUGCCAUUGGUCCCUGGUUUCACGCUUCAUGCUGUGCACUGAUUGGGUGAUGGGUCGGCUGGACCAAACAAUACCACAAGUCGUGCAGUCUUAGAGAACGCCCUAAUCUCUGCUCUUAAUCUAUGAGACGCCAGAUGAACAUACGGUGUGUUGGUGGGUGGAAUUUACAACUGAGGUUUUUAAAUGAUGCUGAAAUAAGAUAAGAGUUUAAUAUUGCACAGUUAAUGCACAGAGGUCUAACAAAGCCAAGAUUAUGUUAUGCCCCGAAGAAUGUUGAACUUAUCCGUGAGUCAUGUCAGAGGUUUUUAACUAACCCAACGCCAAAUGAGUAUGAUAUUACACACAUACACACUCAUAUAUGUAUUUUAUAUUAUUUUCAAACUGUAAAAUGAGAAAUAAAAAUAUCAAAGUCUUAAGUAACAUAAUUAAUUAUUUUACUUUUUGUUACCAAUCUAACAACAUCUUACUAGUGACUACUGGCAGUCGACAGAGUAAUUUUGAGUUUUUACAUAUUGGUGUGCUGUUUCAUCGAGAGACUCGGACAUAAGAGUCGGAGAUAGAUAAGUAUUACAAAGAGGCAUUAGAAUAAUUUAACGUCAAUGCUUGAUGCUCAUAUUCACACGUCAUAAAUCACCACACCUUAAAUGCCCUAUUUAUUUAUUUGAGCUAAGCCCUAGAAUAGUUAAUUAGAAAAGUAGACAAACCAGUUAUGAGGGUGUGUCUUGCGCUUGUGCUUCCAGAAGUAGAAGUACAGUAUCCUUCUGACAGUCCGGAAUGCAACGGUCCAGAAAGCCUGAUGGUCUGGCACCACCUAUGAAUGUACACACUUCACCCAAAAAGCAAACUUAAGCUAAAAACCUAUAAUUUUUUUAGCGAAGGUCGAAAAACCUUUUUUUGCAGAACGCACUUUAGUGGCAGUCGGAAGCUGUGCGCACCUUGUAAGUAGUUAGCUUGAAAUAUAGUUUUGGCCUGUGUUUGCAUUGAAAUGUUCAACCUUAUGUUCUUGCUGAACAGUAUUUGCAGCUGAACGUCAUCUUGCAGAUGUGUUUGCUCCACAACUUAGUGUUUGUCGAUGAAGGGAUAGACCGUCCGUUGAUCCGGCAUGUUUGGUAGUCCGGCGUCAACAGUCCCGAAUGGCCGGAUUGUCGGAAUGACUGGGCUUGCAAGUGUGCGUUGUCCCUCUUCCUCACUUUGAAUCCGUAUGAAUAUUUUAAGGUUCGAUAUUUGUUUUGUAAGCAGCUUUUUUCUUCUGUAUUUAGUACUUCAAAGAAAUGUUCAGAGUCUUUAGAGCUAAAGUUAGACCUUUAUGCAUUAACCGUUGCAGAAACACUGUAAUUGAACUUACAUUGUGGCCAUGUUGCAGUUAGCAGUUUCAGAUUUAUAUAAUGAACACAUUCCUGACUUUUUACAGUUGGCCAACGAUGUGUUUUAAUGUUUGGUGGGGAAAUUGGCAACCAAACGCUCUUAAACAAAAACAGCAUGCAUUGUAAGGGCUUGGCCACACUGAAUGCGAUGAGACGUGACACGACGCCACCAGAUGAGACGUGACGAGACUGUCUCCAACAGCCUGGCCACACUGAACUGUGGCAGUGUGAUAUGAGACGCAUGCUCUUUUUGUUGUAGAGGAAGUUAAUGCGCCUAGACAGUAAGAAAAUCGGAUGUGGAUUACUGAAAUUAUUAGCGAGCGACAAAGACUUGGCAAAUUUCCACUGUAUAGCCACAAUUUAGAGGAAAUGAAAAUGAAUCAAUAUAGUACUUUAUGAAUGAUUUCCAUACUUCCAAUUACAUUUUUAAAGAAUUAUCUAUCUAUACUAAUAAUAAAACUGCUGAGGUCAAAAGUCUGUAAAUUGAUUGAAGUGAUAAAAAAAACAAUUGGAAAUAGCUAUUAACAAUAUUUAAAACUUAAAAUUUUUUUUUGUUUGUUCUAGCAUCGACCAAAAACUCCUAGAUUUAGUUUGAUGAAUUUUUUUUUUUUUUUAAGGUUUUUGGAUAACUUAAAACACUAGUCUAUAUAUAAUUAUAAAUUUGUAUCCAAGGGGGUGAAAAAAAGGAUAAGGAUAAAUAUGAUUUUAAAAGAAUUAUGUCUACAGAGCUAAUCAAGCAUAAAAAAAUAUAUUGUGAAUCGAUAAUAAACAUAUACUAUAUUAUGAAAUUCAACCCCUAAGAGAUGACGAAGGGGUGAGUAUGUUUUUAAAAAUAAUAAUUAAUACUUCAAAGUCGAGUGAAACUAGAAGUAAGAAACUAAAGAAAAAUGUGCAUGUAGAGUUGCGUGUUUUAUUUUUUUCCAUUUGUCUAAAUUCAUCCUUUAAGAGGGUGAAAAGGGGUUUAGAUUUUUGGUUUAUCUCUCUCUCUAUCUUUAUUCAUCUUGUUACUCACUUUAACAUCUUGAGUUCAUGUUUCAUAAGCCUUUUUUUUUUUUUUUUGCAUAAUCUGGACUCGUAAACUUUUCUGCAUUCACAUUUGAUGGACAAAGGACAGGACCGUCCCUCGAGCAAACUGAGAAAUAUUUGUCGCUAGGUGUUGCGCCGUGUCUCGCUCGGUUUGGCCACCCACAUGAAAAAGCAUUGUUUUACUCCCAGCUGUCUCGUCUCGUCUCCUCCAGCAUGGCCAAGCCCUAAGUGAUGGUGACUUGUUAGUGGUGGUGGCGCCAGGUAUUGCUAGUGGUGUCGUGACACUCAGCAGCCCCUGCUUUGCCUUGCCAGGAGUGUCUCGGUUGUCACAUGACGCUUGAAAAGAUGCCAUAUCUAAACUUAUUUUUUAAGUUGUACAGAAUUCGCCCUUUACUCUACUUUGCAGCAUUGUUUUACAGCAUGACUGGUCCUUAGGUAAUGACAGCAUGUCUCUGGUGGUCAGUGGCACUUAAUGUAACACCAUACCUGGUCCGUGAGUUGACAUGUAUUUUAUUCGAGGCAGUUUUUCUUUUGUAAAUAUAUCAGAAUUCUGGUUCUAAGCAGAAUGGUCAUAUGUUUUUAACCAUUGUUUGCUAACCGGGUUUCAAAUAUUUAGAUUAAGCUUAUUAGAUAAAUUACUACAGUUUUAAAUUGAUAUGUGAGUAACUUUCUCAAAGCUAUUUUUUAAAAAAAGUCUGAUUUCAAUAAAAGAAGGGUGUCCAUUUGCAAGUACAAUGUUGUUGAAGAAGGUCAUUGCGGCAGUCGCCGUGUGAGGCCGUGUCAUCAUCUUAGUUGCGUGAAGUUGGCAACUUGUGGAAGGCACAAAUAAGUGACAGUUUUGAGGUUAAGUUAGUUAAAUAUAUAUAUUUUAUUUUUACAUGAAAUCCACAAGAAUUUUGACUUAUUUGUGUUGAGAGUCAUAGAAGUAGGCAGCUGUACUCCAAUGCUGAGUUUUGUAUGAUGCUUCCAGAACUGCAAACUAUUUGAGGCUGGAAAACAAAGAAUAAUUGUAUUUGAAAAUGUGACUCUAGAGUUAUCUGUGCAAAGUAUUCACUCAUAAGGAAAAAAAAUAUAUAUAUAUAUAUGGAAA